UGCGGACGGGCAACAUACGAGGCAGCUGCGCUCCUCGUGUUUUGGCUUUCUGGCAGGAGCUGGCAGGGGGAUGUUCUAACAGAACUUACUCCAUUUCCCUUUCGCACUCCUAUUUAUUUGCCCGGCAUGGAUUGACCAGCCCGCAGCCUGCCGCUUGUUGUACGGAAACCGAUCACGGUUGUCUGUUGCGUCACGAAAUCCCUGGACGCUGAACGCUGGACGCUGGACCGUUCCAUGACCAUUGUUCGCUGUGAUCCGGUGUCCAUGCCUCGGUCCUUGUCGACGUCGAAUUGGAGGUUUUUCGACCGAUCGACCCGGCGCACGCCCAUGCGCACACAAUGCCGCGGCAGUACGUCGUCUGCGGGCGGCCGGUGCCCCGGCUCGGCACCCGCCACAUCUCGCUGCUCCUCGUCAGCCUUGCCGUCUUCGCCGUCUUCAGUCUGCUCUUCACGCUGCCCGGCACCGCCGUGCCCGCGAGGCAGCGUCUCCAGGCCGCCGGCAACCGCCUCUCCAUUCCAAAGUCGCUCAAGAGCCCCUGGAUGAACAGGCUCAACCCGUUCCGGCCGCCGUCACACGCGCCCGCGCGCCAGAAGAACGACACGGACGGCGAGUCGGUGUGGUACGCCGACUGGAGCUGGCUGCUGAUGCCCUUCAGCAGCUCCGUCACCCUGGACGAGAACCGCGCCCUGCUGCCCGUGCUCCCUGAGCGCACGCCCGUCUACUGCUACUACGACGAGACCGCCAACAGGGACCCCGCCGUGAAGGAUGCCGCCAGCGACCUGCUGCUCGUGUGGCGCCGUGCCUGGUGGGCCCAGGGGUUCAGGCCCAUCAUCCUCGGCCCGGCAGAGGCCAUGAACAACCCCCUGUACGAGGAGGUGCAGAAGCUGCGGGGCUUGAAGGCCAGCUUCGAGCUGGAUUUGAUGCGCUGGCUUGCCUGGGACACUAUGGGCGACGGCCUGCUUGCCAACCACCUUCUGUUCCCCAUGGGCCCGCACGACGACCCCUUGUUGACCUUCCUCCGCCGCGGCGAGUUCCCCAAGUUGACAAGGUUCAACCGUCUGCAAAGCGGCCUAUUCAUCGGCCCCAAGAACGAAGUCAGCGCUGUCAUCAAGGCCGCCAUUGCCAGCCCCAGGAUCGACCAAGCUGAAGAAGUACUGGAUGCGGUGGAAUUUGACAAGAAGGAGAGCCCGUUCGCGGUCGACGAUGCUCCCAAGGCUCUGGCCUAUUACUCGCUCCGUGACCUUGCAGCUUUCUAUAUCAAGGUCUCUAAGACGAUGCUCUCAUCUCCGGCGGCUGGGCUCAGAAGCCUCACACAGCUCGUCACUUCACACCUUCACCUUACCUGGCAGAACACUUUCCCCGACGGCAUCGCCGUGGUGAAGCCGCUCCCGCACCACACCACCCACCUUAUCACUCCCGCCUACGACCUGGCCCUGAGGCUUGCCCACUGCCCGGAAUCCCCCAUCCCCGGUAGCUGUCCACCCAACCGACUCCAAUGUCGCCCAUGCGACGACACCAAGCCCAUGAAGAUCUCCACCCCGUCGUCCUACGCCAACAAGAGCACGCUCUACACAAUCGGCACCGUCCCACACCCCUACACCUCGUCGAUGCUCAAUUCGCUGAGAUCCGAGCUUUCCAUCCCCUGGAUCCGCCGCGAGUCCCAGCGUGACGCCUGGAUCACCUCGCUCACCUCGUCCCUCUUCUCCGAGUCCGUCUCCACGACGCCGCGCCUCCGCCGCUUCAAGGAAGCCGUCGCCGCCACCCCCGACACCGCCCCAGGCGGCGGCGCCGCGCGCUCGCUUUGGCUGACCGCCGAGCAGGCGCUGCCUGAGGACCUCGACUACCACUUUGGCUUCGCCCUGCCCGACGCCGCAACCUACGCUGACCAACAACAACCGCAACAACCGCAACAGCAGAAGCAGAAGCAGCAGGAGCAGCAGGAGGAGGAGGAGCAAACCGGCGGCGGCAGCAGCAGCAGCACUCCGUCCAGAGCCGGGCACAAGAACAACAUCAUCAAACCCACCCCGCCGCUCCACUCCCCACAAGACGGGCCCAUUCCCACGGACGACGAACUCGCCCUCGAGCCAGAGCUCUUCGCCCUCGCCCAAACCGUCGUCCUGACCGGCAGCAAAGCCAAGCCCGCCUCCAUCCCAUCAUCCCACUAUUCUUCUUCUUCUUCCUCUUCUUCCACCCCAAACAAAUCCCCCAGCAGCAGCAGACUCACCGCCAACAAAGGCCAAAAACCCGAGGAUAAGGAGAAGAAGAACAAGAACAAGAAGAAGAAAGCAACCAAGGAGGACCUCGCCCUCCGCGACGCCGUCGAGGCCUGGAACCUAGCCGACACGGAGGCCUGGCGCUUCGCCCGCGCCUACCUGGCCCGCAAGACGGUUGAGCGCCGCGCCUGGGAGGAGGAGGAGGCCCGGUACGCGGGCGGGCUGGGGUCCGAGAGCAGGGCGAGGAAGCAUAGCGGCGGAGGAGGAAGAAGGGGUGGUGCGCAGAGGGUGUGGGAUCGCUGGUUGGAUCGGGACUGACUGAGCGGUUGAACUGCCAAAUUUUUUGUUGGUUGUUUUCCUCACUCUUGUUGUUCUUACUGGAAGACACGGAAGAACCGCUGGCGAGACGGAUCAGUUAUAGCUUGUCACCGAGCAUAUGUUGCGUUGCAUUGUGUCUCUGGCGGAGGUCGUAGGGAGUUGUCCAUUAACAUCUACUCUGUAAGGUAUGCAUCAGGGCUGACCGCUGCGCCACGGGCUCAAUCGCAGAUGCAUGCUUCCUCCCACAUCGUGUUGCACAGGUGUUUAAAUUCUGAAGUGCACUUCUUGUUCUACAGAAACCCUAUUCUACAUCAACUAGUGGUAAGCUGCCCUCGGUAUAGCAUGCUGUUGGUCCAGACAUCCAUCCGACAGGCGAAUCCAUCGACUCACCCAUCCAUCCAUCCAUCCAUCCAUU